AUCUGUUUUUAACCAUACGUUAUACAACACCUUUUGCGAACAUCAUAUGUGUGACGCUACAGUUUGAAAUGGAUUGAUAAAUUUAGUGCUUAGUAGUGUAUUAGUUUUUGUCGGGACUUCAAUUCUAAUUUCUAGGUCAUGAGUUUUUAUUAUGUAAGUUCUGUUGGGGUGGAUUAAGGAGUGAUGUGAGUAAAGGAAAUAACUUUCAAUUUUUGAGCCUGGAUUGGGUAUAGAUUAUUGAAGUUGCCGGCUUUGAUCAUACACGGUAUGUAUGCAAAGAAAAUUUAUGUUUGGUUUUUAUUUCUUUCCUAAAUACGGCGAGGUUCCAGAAUUUAGAAAAACUCAACUACUCUAGUUAAUGGAUCAGAUGAGAAUAUAGUGAUAUCCAUUGUUGAACUCUUGAUUAUGGAUCAGAUAAGAAUAUUGUGGUAUGCAUUGUUGAAGUUGAUUAAGCCUUUCAGUUUCAGAAUGACUAGAAUAUUCGGUUGUACGGUUUUAAAUUAAAUGCAAGUCUUCUAAUUCAUGGAUCAUUGUAGUUUUCCUUCUCUUAUACAGUUAUACUUAUAGUGCUGAACACAUUGGGUUUCCUUGCUACCUUAAACUUUUGUUGCUUGUAUAGUUGCUUGUACUUUUUCUAUGGACAUAGGAAGCCUUAUAUUUGUGAUCUAUUUCAUUUGAAAAAUUUGAUAUUUUAGUGGCUGGGUAACUUGAACUUUAUAUUAUAAUUCAUUUGUUUUGUUCAAUGAGAGUUGAAUUGUGUUGAACUUUUAGCAGUUCAUCGUCCUAGCAUCAUUUUUUGGAUUAAUAUUUUAUAUGGUGGUGGUGCUAUAGUAUGCUCUUUAAAUAAAUUUGGUCAUGGAGAAUAUGAUUCACAUUUCACACUCAUUUAUAACAGAGUUUGGUUAUUUAUUGGGUGUUUCAGCAAAGGCAAGGUGCUUGAUCUUCUGAGUUGGUAAAAUGGUUUCUUUUGAGAUGAAUGAUCGAAAGAAGAUUGGAUUAGGGUUAACUGGCUUUGGUAUAUUUUUCUCAUUCAUUGGGAUUAUCUUCUUCUUUGACAAGGGAUUGCUAGCCAUUGGAAAUAUCCUGUUUGUUUCUGGAGUGUCCCUAACCAUUGGGCUGAAGUCCACUAUGCAAUUUUUCAUGAAACGAAGUAAUUUCAAGGGGACAAUCUCUUUUGGUGUCGGGUUCUUUAUUCUUAUAAUCGGGUGGCCUAUUUUGGGCAUGAUUAUUGAGUUGUAUGGAUUCAUCAUACUAUUCAGUGGAUUCUGGCCUACACUGGCCGUUUUCUUACAGAAGAUUCCUGUUCUUGGUUGGUUGGUUGAACAACCAUAUAUUCGAUCGCUGUUUGAUCGCUAUAGAGGCAAGCGAGUGCCCGUAUAAGACAGGAAUCUAUGGAAACAUAAUGUAACUGCUAGCAGGUGCAUUGUAAGUCAAUGUAAAGAAAAUACUCUAGUAUAGAUAUCUAACUGAAUUGAGUUCGCUUUUUGAUGGUAGAAAAUGAUUAUCAUUUUAUCAUGAUACUCAUUCAACGGAAAGGAAAAUUGCAAAGGGAAAAGGUUUUCACUUUACUAUGAUUCUAAUACUUGGUGGAAAAUCAAUUGAUAUGGAGAGUGGUGCCAUUUACGUUACGAUUCCAAUCAGAAACCUUUGGAGGUUUCCACGCCAAGUAUCAUCCUUUUGCCUUUUGUUCACACUCAUAAAAGGAAUAUAAUGGUUUUAGAUGAUGUCAUUGCAGCAAUAUAGAACUAUUUUCUUUCUGCAGUGUAACUUACUCUAAAUAUUGCACCUUUGACUACCAUGGGAUAUUUUGUUUCUUAGAAUUGGUGUUUUUCUUUUUUAGGCUGAGUUUUGUUAUUUAUGUGACAACUCAUACAUUUUAUACGGUAUUUUUGUGUUCA